CCAAACGACCCUGUGACAGUUUAGUUUGAACAUCAGCAGAUAUAGUUUAAGAUUCUUGCAAGUACAAAUUGCAGAACAUAGAUUUCAAUCAGUAUCUCAAUUUCUCAUUUUUUUUAUUUUAAAAAAACAACAACAAAUGUUGAGAGUUUCUUCUUCUUUGCAUGUUGUUCUACCAUCACCACUAGGUCUCUCUUUCUUGAAAUUCACAUCACAAUUAAAUCCAACUAGUCGUAAAGUAUCAUCAUUUACUCGCUUAGCUUUACUUAAUUCAAGAACCCUUUUGUCCAAUUCGCGUAAUAAACAGUUUCCAACCUUUAAAAGGGUGUUAACUAUGACGGGCCGUCAAUCUUGUUCUAGAGUAAUUACAGCUUCAUAUAGUGCUGGGAGUGGUCCUGGAGGCAGCACUGGAGGUGGUCGGGAGAUAUUGGUACAGCAUUUACUUGUCAAAGAAGAUGACCAGAAGCUUCUACUGGAGCUUCAGAAAAGAACUAGAGAAGGAGAGGAUCUAAGUGAUCUGGCCGUUGAGUAUUCUAUUUGUCCAUCAAAAGAAGAUGGGGGAAUGCUUGGUUGGGUGAGAAAAGGACAAAUGGUGCCAGAAUUUGAAGAAGCUGCAUUUAGUGCACCUCUGAAUAAGGUUGUAGGGUGCAAAACUAAGUUUGGAUGGCAUUUGUUGCAAGUUCUAUCUGAGAGGGACGAAUCUGUACUUGAACACAUCCAACCGAACGAGUUUCAUGUGAAGCUGCAAGAUCCCUCUUUCCUGGAAGAGGCUCAAUUGAUUGAUGUUCGCGAACCAGAGGAAGUGGCCCAGGCUUCUUUACCAGGAUUUCAGGUUCUUCCUCUUCGCCAAUUUGGAAACUGGGGACCAGAAAUAACAACUAAGUUUGAUCCUCAAAAGGACACUUAUGUGUUGUGUCACCAUGGCGUGAGAUCACUACAAGUUGCCAAGUGGUUGCAGACACAGGGAUUCAGGAAAAUAUUUAACGUGGCUGGAGGAAUCCAUGAAUAUGCUGUCAAAGUUGAUCCAUCGAUCCCUACCUAUUGAAGCGGGUACUCUUUGUGUCCCUGCUCUUUCCCCUGCCCGGUCCCCUGGUGACAGAGCUAAGUUUGCACGAAAGCACUUUUCCGAUUUGUCCUACAAUUUUCACUCAAACAUCCCGAGAACACAAUCAAUGUGAAUGGUUGAUGUCAGGACAUCUUUUUAUACACUAUUUUUGUAUUUCCAACAUGUCUCAAGCAUCAAAUCAUACAAUUUGCUAUGGUUUUCACCAUAUUAGUGAUAAUUUUAAAAAAUUCUCCAUA